UGAUGGAGGUCGCGCCUGUCUGCUCCUGCCCUGUGCCAUGUGGUCUUAGUAAGGAGCUGACUGCCCCCAAAAUCCCCAAGGGCAAAAAUAAAGAAAUAAAAAUUAAAUAAUGAUAAACAGAAAAGGAAACAAAGGGAAACGACUAACAAAUCAGGAAGGAGCGGCUCAGCGCCCGAUGCUCCUCCCGCCCAUAUUCGCCCGGACCCCGCCGUGCUUGGAACAUGGUUCAACAGGGAAGAAAGCGCGAAGCGGUGGGACUCCCAGCGCACUGGGCUUGCCGGUAUCGCCUAUCCCUUGCGCUCUCCCUCGCCAAAGAAAGAAACACACACACCACUCCCACGACGCCCUCGCCAUGACGUUAGCACCAGACACUCCUGCUGCUCCUCCUUCAGAGAAGCUCCAUUGGGUGCCCUUACCAGCCACCCUAGUCCACCUGCCGACUACCGCCGCUAUCCCCAGCCCGUAUCUCCUAAGAAGACCAGACUCUACGCACACUGUCUCCCUCCCUCUCUCCCAUGCCCUACCCAUGCCAAAUUCUCUGUCGUCAUUGUUCCACCCCUAUCCCCUGUUUCCCGAAGCCUUCAUCCCAUGCGCACCCCUCCCAUCCGCCUAUCCUCCCCUCCACACCGGACCCCUGUCACACAGAUCGCAAGGUCCUAGCCAGGCAACAGUCAAAAAAAAGAAGAGGGUUCACGAACGCCCCUUGGCAUGGUCCCAGGAUAGCCCACGAAGGUGGCGGCGUGGCAGGGCGAUUUUCGGCAUGUAGAAACGCCUUUUGCUGAGGCGGGCACCUGAUAUUGGCCAGACUAUGAAAGGUGAGAUCGGUACGUAUCUGCGGCUGUCAUGUCAGAGCAGCAUGGCAAACUCGAGGCAACGGCAUCUCGGCCAUUUUCCUGAUUAAUACAGCUUCGUGUCCCUUGCCCGCCUGGUCCUCAAAGGUGGCUUGAUAAAAGGGACCAUCGAGCUCGUUUUCCCUAUUCACUCCGAAAGGCCGUCACUGUUUGGAGUUGCGGUUGCCGCAUAGGUUUCCUUUCUUCCCACCUUAUAUACAAGCCACCACAAGUAGUCAACGCCGCAUCUCCUCUCGCCUCGCCGACGACACGCCUGCACACUUCUCGUCACACCGAGUUCGGCCAUGAAUAAGCCAUCUAGGGGACAGUCGCCUACCGACUCCAACUCGGAGUCGUCAGCCAACAGUCCUGGAGAAAGUACAGAUGUUAAGCGUCGGACAAGGGCAUCAAAGCCCAAAGUUCGCACCGGCUGCAUCACUUGUGUUUUGGGAUGGGACCGAUGAAUCGGGAACCCCCCUUCGAGACGACGACGGGAAGUCGAGCAAACCCCGAGAUGGAUAACAAAUCCUUGUCGGAGCAAAUGAAAAGAUAUAGAAGGGGAUAGAAAGACAAUCAUAUCGACUAAAGGCGGCAAAGAAUCGAGAAGUAGGACAAAAAGGGGCAAAAGCUGACCAAUCGCCAGAAUCCGACGUGUCAAGUGCGACGAGGGAAAACCCGCCUGCCAGCGCUGCACGUCAACGGGCCGGGUCUGCGAUGGCUACGACAGCACGCGCUCUCCAAGCCGGGUGCUCUCGGCCAGCAGGGUCGAGGAGACGCAGCGCAACAUGGAGCUGGCGCGCCAGGAGUUUCUGCGUGCCUACCAGUGGAACUCCAACCUGCGCUCGCUGCGGCCCAUCGCUGCCGACAUUGGCGGAACUGAACAGGAGAGGCGCUUCUUCCACUCGUUCCGCGCCGCCAUCUCGUGCCCGGCCGACUCCCCUCCUCCGUGCGUGCUUGCCGGAGGGCACACGUCCGACUACGGCACCGUGUACUUUUGGGCCACCAUCGCGCCCCGACUUGCCCACCGCGAGGGCGCCGUCAAGCAUGCCCUGAUAGCCCUGGGCUCAGCCUACCAGGUGUACCAGCAGUCUCCUGGCAACAACUGGCAUCGGAGCGACGAGGCCGUGGGUCCCGGGGGAACCGGGACAGCAGCAGCAGCAGCAGCAGCGGCGGCGGCAGCAGCGGGGGACGAGUCCAGUGAGGAGCUCGAGCUGUUCACCAUUCAGCAGUACAACAAGAGCAUCGCGCUUCUUGCCAGGCAUGCGUGCCCGUCGAGCCCCGAGAGUAUCCAGGUGACCCUCAUCUGCUGUUUGUCCUUCAUCUGCCUCGAGAUGCUGCGGGCCGACCACACCGCGGCGCUCACUCACCUGACAAACGGCCUGCGGAUUCUCGAGUCGCUGGUCCCUGAGGCCUUUGACUUUCUCGCCAACGACGCCGAUCUCAGCGGUAGUAUGCCGCCCUCCCGCCACCCCUCGCCCUCUCCUCCGUCCCCGCAGCCACAGCAGCAGCAGUCAUCCACGCCCUCGUCACAUACGCAACACCCCGAGGCCUCCCGGGACAUGCGCGAGAUAAUCCGCAUCUUUUGCCGCCUUGAAUGCAGCGCUGCACUUUUCGCCUCGGGCGUGCAGCCCUCCCUCGCCCUGCGCGCUUACUCUCGACGCCGUCUCGACGACGGCUCCCUGACCUUCCCCCCGGACACGCGCGACUCCUUCGAGUCCCUGCCGGAGGCGCACGCCCACAUCAGCAGCCACCUGCGCGACGUCAUUGCGCGCAUGUCUGAGACGAAUGGCCGCUGGGCCGACCACGGCUUCUGGUCAGAUCCCUACCAGCACGAGCAGCAGGCCGCCCUGCGCCGUCGCUCCAGCCGCCUGGCCAGCCUGCUCGACCGCUUUGCUGCCGGCCCUGCCGGCCCGGCCCCGGCCACACCCGAGCACAUGUCGCUGCACCUGGACCUCCUGCAGGUUCUCACCGCCAACGUCUUCAUCGACGGCAUGACGGGGCUUGAGGACCAGGACGACGCCAUCGUCGGCGACUUUAGCCGCCUGCUCAUGUCGGACGUCGGCCUCGAUGGCGGCUUCGGCCUGGGCUCGAGCCCGUCGGGGGAGAUGUGGGAGCUCGAUCCGGCUCUCAUGUCGGGCGAGCUCCUCGGCGGCAUCGAUGCCACCGCGAACGGGAGACGCGAUAGCGGCGGGGGCGCCAGCCACAGGUCACAGGCCAGCCUGGCGCAGAUGGUGGAGGUGGCAAGUGUCAUAGUGCAGACGGGGAAUGCGAUCAAGCAGCAGGGGGGCGCCAUCAACCCAAGCGGGAGGUGGUUCAUAUACGACUCGGGCAUGCUCUGGCCCGUCUAUCUCGCCGCCACCAGCGCCCAGGACCCGGCCGUGCGCCAAAAGGCCCUGAAGAUACUGCGCGAGGCCACGACGCGCGAGGGGCUCUGGGACGGCCCCGCGCUGCACGACCUCAUUCGCGAGGUCGGCUCCAAGGUGGCGCAGAACCGUUGGCCGUUCCACGAGGUGCCGAGGUCGCUGACGGGCCUCGGAGGCAUCCCCGACAUGUGGGAGACGCUGGCCAUGAUGAGAUCUGGGGACAUGAGUACCUAGCUGAGAGGCUUGGCUCGGGAUGGGUGGGUUUUGAUUUCGAAGGCGGCAUGGCGAGGAACGGCUGGCUUGUGGAGUCUGGAGUUUGAGCUUUUGUGUGAAUAUAUAAACCAUGUAUAGCAUUAGACUACCCCUGAAUCUGAAGCGUGGAAAUUAGCGAUCA